GCCCCAGACUGCAUAGUAAUCGCCGACAUUCGACAAGGGGAGGGAGUGACAUCUGAUCAGGUUAGAGUUCAGUUGAGAACAUUUGUAGCUGCUUUUCGUGAGCAGAGUGUUUCACCAAAGCGAGGCUACAAGUGUACGAGCAAGCUGCUGAACAAGCUUCAAUUUUCAACAUCAAACAAUCCUGUUGAGGCAUAUGCUGCUUGGACUUGAUUCAAAGACGAUCGUUUCUCAGGAAGGAAAAUGACGUUAAGGAAAUUUAUUUUCCUCUUUGCGUCGGUCAUUGUGAAAGACUGUGCUGCUGGUGCAUUCUACCCUACCAGGCCAUACCUCAUGACAAGAACUUUCACAAUACCAGGGAACGAGGCUCACGUGUGUGAUGACGUGGCAGUGUCACGGCGGGGAUCCUGUCCAGAUGACUGGACUUUCAUCGCCGACAGCGAUGGUUCUCCCUGCUUGCAACUGAUGAACCUAGAGGUUAACUUUGACAACGCCAACGCCGUCUGCUCCAAACUGGGCGGCCACCUGCUUCACAUUCGCUCUGCAAAACGCCAACAAGCUGUCGAGAAAUUCCUGAGUUCUAACUCCGAUUCCGCCUUAUGGAUUGGUCUUAAAAUGAAUUCAAGUAACCGCUUUAACUGGGUGGGAACACAUGAAUUGAUCCCACUGACCUACCUCCACACAGACGACUAUCAGUUUAGAAACCCAAGCAACUACCACUAUUAUGGAUCAUUGUGUGGAUAUUUGUUAAGUCAAAACAAAAAGUGGCACACCAGCAGAUGUUCAGAUCAAAGAAAAUUUAUCUGCGAGGGUGAACAAGAGUGCGACGCAGGUGUGUUUGGAGACAACUGUGACCAGGUGUGUCACUGCUACGGGGAAGAGUGCAAAGGGGGACAAGCGUGCAAGUAUGGUUGUGAGCAGGGCUGGAUGGGGCCCUACUGCUGUACACGAAAGCGGAAAGCUGACAUCAUCUACUACUGUGCAAACAGCGCCUCUGACGGUCGCUACCUUCUGGUCAGGAUCAACCCCUUCGGUGUGGCGUACGACAACGUGCAGAUGCUGGACGAGUCAGGGAACGCAGUUCCGUGGUGCAACGGUACAACUUUUCCCCACGAUACACAUGGCACCUACUCCAUUAAGAUCUCUCUUUCUGAUGGCAUUGAAGACAUCAUGGGAUCAACUUGCGCCGGUAAUAAGACUGGAAACAACUCUUUUGAGUGGCUGCUUUCUCUUGAAGAAAAGAGAGGAGUAUUCCUUCCCCUUGACCGCAGAGUGCGCAUGUCGUGUGAUUUCAACAAGGCCGAAUCCAUGGCUAGAGCCCAAAGGCCAGGGAUCUUCCGAGAAAGCAGCGAAACAGAGAAGAAACAUUUAGCUCCACAUUUAGAGAAACCGGCCGACUCCCAGGAAGACGUCGUUCUAGAAGUUUCGGACCCAUUUUCAGGAGAGGCACUGUCAAAAGCUCAAUUGGGCGCCGGUGUUCGACUACAGAUGGCGCUGUCCGUCUCAGCAGGUCUGACGGCCAAAGGUGUGUCGCCGUACAGGUGUGAAGCAAGCAGCGGGGACGGCGAGCACACACAGCAGCUAACGGAUGAUCGCGGGUGUUCAACUUUUAUCGUCUCACCCCUGAGGAGGCAGAAUGCUACGGAGUCAGUGAAGUCGGAGCCCUUCCAGUUAUUUACCUUUCCUGGCUACGACUACAUUGUGAUAACCUGUGCUUUCCAGUUCUGCUUCACUCCCGGUGACCCUUUGUGUGAUGAUCGCUGCAAGACCAAAACAAGACCCACUUACAAAUUCUUCUCAACUCAUUUCAACUGGUCGCGUCAAGGUUACGACGACGAGGGAUUUAAACGCCGGAAGAGAGAUGUCAUCCCACCCCGAAAGGCCAGCACAUUCAUCUACGUCAUCAGAGACGAACAAGCUGCGGGACAACAAGAAGCUCGAACGAUCCUGACUAUGGGACCUGCAGGCUGGUCUCUGCUUGCCGUAGUUGUCGUUGUGUCCUCCGCCUUGGUGUACGUCCUUGUCGCCAAGAAACGUGCUGAUGGUCGCCAUCGUCGCAACGUCAUCGAGCAGCAACGUCAGCAAGCGUCGUUACUCACCACAGGGUCAGAGUCAGCAGAGGAAGGAUCUGCACUUUGACCCUUUGACUCGCCGAUUGCAGGACUGCGACAUAAGGUGUUCCAGAAAAAAUGGCGGUUGUUCACACUGGGUCUGUUUGUCUCCAUAGCUACAAACAGCAGACAGUAGUCAUGGACUAACACAUGGAAUCAAUUGCUGCAUGUAAUUGCAUGUUUGUAUAAACGGAGAUUUCUUUCUACUAAAUUUUUUCUUAAUUGCAAUUAUUUGUGAAAAAAUAAUAAUACAGAAAUAACCGCUCAAACAAGAAGUAAAGACAGAAACACAUUAGACAUGUUCAUGGUCAGGACAGGGUCGCAGUAAAGUCGCUGUUUUCAAAAGAUGCGAUGUGAUAGGAAAAUAUAGACUGUCAGAAGUAACAGUGCAUUACUGCUCAUGAUAUUAGAGCAACUAAAACGAAAAGGAUCGCAAGAGAAAAUUUUUCCACAAAUUAAGAAAUACUUGUAGAAGAUAGACCUAAACACUUUAAAAAAUAUUACAAAUUAAGACAUUCUAUAUGGAAGAUAUCAUUAAACACUUUAAUCCUGCUGCAAAUGCACAAAUACUGUUUUGUCUAUGGCCAUGGAAGUUCUGAUGACGGUUAUAAAGAAAUAAACUUACAAUGAAAUAGAA